CUCGUCCAUCCACCACCCAGCCACCCAGCCACGGCCCUUUAAAGCACUCUGUCGGUAUUUCCGGUCCACACAGCGAACGAACACACACUACAGGCAGGCAGGCAGACCCACGAGCAUCGACACGCACACACACACAUCCAGCCAUCACCACACACACGACAAGUAAAUAACACUGAUCAAUCCAUCCAUCCAUUCAUUCAUUCGUCCAUCGGUCAGUCAGUCGGGCGGGCGUCAAAUAAACAAAAGCAAAAGGGAAGUGGGGUGGCGUACGCGCGUAAGUCACCGACUCACUCAUUGCAGUAUACAGAGCGGUUCCGCCCGUGCAUGCAGGCGCGUCCGACUGCACCCCACCUCAUCUCAGCCACUCCCCUUGGCCGCCCCUCCCCCAGCAGCAGCCGACCCCCCUCUCGCUAUGGUACUCUGCCAGUACUUGAUGGCCUUGUUGAGCGCGUCGCUCACGGCCACAAAGGACAUGCUUUCCACGGCCGCAUAGGCCACCUUGUCGACGCCGGUGGGCUCCCGGUAGCGCACCAAGAAGGCCCGCAUGGUGCUGUUCCACUCUAUGGGGUACCUGCUGCUCGGGGGGACCACCGCACUCUGAGCCACCUCCAGCAGCUGCUCCGCCACACCCAGCGGCGGCGAACCUGAAACACAAAACCCAGAUCCAUCCGUUCACAGAGAGAGAGAGAAAGAAAGAGGGGAUCGUUCACUCACUCACCGUCCUUGUCCCUCUUGGCUCGUUUGCGCCGCCCGAUGGCCAGCAUGGCGUCCUCCGACGGUGUCUCGUCGCUGUCCCUCUCCGCCCCUGUCUGCCUCGGCCGCUUCGGAGCCACCUGCCCCUGGUGGUUGUUGAAGAAGGCCUGGGCGCUGCUGCUGUGCCGCUCUGACUCGUUCUCAUCCUUCUCAUGGCCCUGAUUAUUGGAGGCGGCGGCGGCCAUGGCCGCCAUGAGGGGAUUGGCCGCGAGCAGCCGGCAGUAUACCUCGGUGAAUGUGGCCACCUCCAGCAGAAUCGACCGCAGCUGAAGGCGCAGCGACCCGUGCAGCGGUGCCGUCGACCCUGUGCGGGCGGAGGGGUCAUUGGUCGACCAGAGGAUGAGCUGGCGCACACUGCCGAGGAGCGUCUUGGCCUCGUCGAGCUGGGCGCGGCGGUGUGCGAGUGCGAUGUGGAGGGCCGCGUGGACGGCGGGGGGGUCCGGGGAGGGAUGGGAGAGGGGGACGUAGCGACGAGAGGGGCGGGGGUGGAUCGACACACUGACCAGGAAGCGGCCGUGGGGGGUGGUGGUGCCGUAGCCAGGCUCCCAGUAGAUGAACGUCUCCUUGCCCAUCCAAGCCUGCACACACACAUACAUUCGACAGACACAGACACAGACCUUGACCUUGACCUUGACCUUGAAGGACCUUUCCUCGCUACGCUACAUGUUUAAGCCGACAUGAGACCCCCACCUGAGCAAAGGCGUCAAGGUCGUCGGCCAUCUUGUCCACCCUUUCCUUCUCCCGCUCGUGCAGCACCCGCAGCAUCCCCUUGGCCAUCUCCUCGGCCGUCCCCCCGACCGCCGCACCCUCCACCUCCUCAAAGGGCAGCUCUACCACGUCAUGAUCAUCUGGCGCACUCGGCCGACGCACAGCAGGGACUAUCGCCGAACUGGUACCUGCCGCUUCUGCUGCUGCCGGUCCUGCUGCCGACGCACCGUUGGUGAGCUCAGGCGGCGCAGGGAGGGCCGGGAAGACCAGAGAGGGCGACGGCUCUGAAGCAAGCAACCAUGGACACCGUUGCAAAGCACAGCACAAGUAGGCCGCCUGCUCUGUUUGCUAUUCUGGGAAUGAUCACCUUCUGGCUCCUGCAGUGGCGGUGCCGCCUCCAUCAUCGGCUCCUCCGGCAGCGAUAUCGCCUCCAGCAGGCUCGUCCCCGCCGCCUUGGCCGCCCUCACCUCAGCCAGCGCCUCCUCGGCCGACUGGCCCACAAACAGCCGCCUCAGCCGAUUGCGCGUGUCGUGAAGCCUGUCGAAGAGCCGGGUCAGGCGGGCGGGCGUGACGUUGUCGAUGUCAGGUAUGACAAUGGGAAUCGUGUCUUUGAGGGGCUGCUUGCCGACGCAGUGGCCGGGGAAGUGGAAGAAGGCGAUCUGCCGGCCGCGACCGACCCACUUCAUGUUGGGAUCGCGGCGCACCAUGAAGGUCUUCUUGCCGGGGCGGAGGCGGGUCAGGCCGUCGUGAUCAGCUGCACACAUAGAGAGAGAGAGAGAGAGAGCGAGGGAGGGAGGGAGGGAGCGGUUGGUGUUGUCUGUUGGUGUUCUGUGUGGCCAGUCGCCUGCCUGACCUUGGCGCUGCAUGUACUCGGCCAUGUGGUGCCUUAUCUGCUCGGGCGACAGACGAUCACCUGGUGCAAACAUCCAUCCACCAGCCCAUUCAUUCACCCGACCCACGGGGCGUCUCUGUCUGUCUGUCUGUGUGCGUUUCGCGUCUCGUUGUUGUGUCAGUCACCUGUGUUGUCCGCUGUCUCCGCCCCAAGGCGCUGAAGCACCUCUGUGGCCUCGUCGAUGACCUCCUGGGCCAACGCCGCGUCGUCCUUCAGCUUGGCACACGCACCAUCGACCAGAGCCGACUCACCCUGACACAACAUCCAUCGCGGACAUACACACACGUGUUGGUUGGAACCGACAGCCACUCUUGUUUCUCUCCUCCUCCCCCUCCCCCCUCACCGCAGGGAAAGGUGCCUCUUUGUUGACUUCGGGUUUGGCGGCCAGCUCGUUGGCCGACUUGAUGGCGUCUUUGAGCGAAGCCACCACGUCAAGCGGACCGGUGCCCUUGGGUGCGAUGUGGUGCACCGCAAUUUUGCCCGCCACCUGCACCAGGAACUCAUUCUUGACCCAGCGGACGACCCGCCGGCCCCUAAACGUCGUGGCAGGGCCAGACUGGCGCCUCCGCCCUGGGCCUGUGCCCUUCCCCGCCGCUGUAGCUGAUGGCGUGCCUGAGGGGGUGGUGCCUUCUGCUGGUGUGUGCGGGUCCUGGUGGACGAUGUCGAGCAGACGCUCCACCAACUGGUCGGUGGGGUAGUCAGGGCUGUUCUCCGUCUCGGCACCCUCGGCAGCGGGAUCGGGCACAACGGGGUACUCUGCCCACACAGACACACACAGACACACAGACACAGCGAGAGAGAAAGAUGAGCGUGCAGCUCUAUGUCGGCAUCAUGGUCGGUCGAUGCGUCUGUUCUGUUUCGUGGCUGACCUCUAGGCCUGGCCUUCUCGAACUUUUGCCCCUCUGCCCGCCGCAUCUUCCAUAACCCCUUCUUGCCGCCGCCCUGUGCGGCCGAGGGCGUCGCCCCAUCAGCUGCAGAAGCGGCCGCAGGGCUCAUCGUCCCGUCCUCUAUCGCCAAACUGUCACCGCUGCCCCAGCGCACGUGGGCAGCAUGACCCUCAAACACAUCACCACCCGCCGCCCCCCCGGCGCCCUCGUCCUCCCUGGCCGCCUGCCGUCUGUUCCACGCUUGUAGGGCGGCCUGCAGAGCCCGCCCGAUGCCGUCGAUGGUGGGCACCAGGACCGGGAAGUGUCUGCGGGACCGUCUGUCGGCUGCGUGGCCCGUGACGCAGUAGAGGCGGCACUCGGCGUCCCAGUGGAUGCCAAUCGGAGAAUCGGAGGGCGGGAUGGGUGUCUCGAGGAGAGGGGGACUGAGGGCUUUGCGGAGGGCCUCCUGGGCCGCCUUGGUCAGGUCCGUGUCGUCCUCGAAACACACGCGGGGGGACGGGGCAUCGCCACCUGGCGACAUGCGACCGACCAGAAUAGACAGAGAAAGGCCAACCAGGUGAUCUGUCGUGUGACCGUUUGUUUGUUGUGGUGAGGCUGACCGACCUUCUCGCUUGAGAGUCUUGAUCCCGUCAAACUGUCUGAAGAACUUCUGGUCGUCGUCCUGCACCCGCGCCGCCUCCAGCAUGGUCUCCAUCCGGAGCUCCUCAAGCACCCCAUCGACCUCCACGUCACCACCCAUCGCUCGCUUCGCCUCGUCCGCCUCGUCCAUCGCCUGCACGUCCUCAUUCCGCGCCUCCACGGCCCUCCGGAACGUGCUGAUGGCGGCCUCGACGGUCGGGGGGUCGACGGGGAACACCGUGGGCAUGUCGCGAAUGAGGGUGACGUAUGCCUGGCUGGGGGCCGACCAGCCGAAACCCGGCACGAUGUGCUCGGUGUGGGGGGUGAGUCGGUCGCUGAGGAGGUCGUUGAAGGCGUUGAGCUCAUCCGAUGACAUCCGCCGGCCUAGAGGCGGCACCACUCUCAUGCCUGCAAACCAACCACACCAUACCGACCAAACCAACACACACACAUGAACACAGACAGACAGACAGACAGACGGCCGGUGAUUUGACAUGCACUCGUUUGCUCACCCGACACGACAGGGAAGGUCUCCCCUUUCAUGUAUGUGUUGUCGCGGCACUCGAAGGCCUCCACGCAGCAGUGCCCUAUGUCGCGGACAGUCAGCGUUCUUGCAGUGAACUGCUUCACGUGCGCGUUGGUUGGCGCGGCACUCGGCGUCGGCAGGCAGAAGACCUCAAAGCUGAUGCUCUCCAGCACCAUCGUCUUGGUCACGUAAUGCAGGUGCCGCGCCACACGCACCUGACGACUCUGAGGCGAGGUCGCCCGUGAAGACAGCCCACGAGCGGCCAGGUUGCUCGCGCAGAGCAUGUUGGCGACCCUGAGGGCGUCGUCGGUGGUGAGGCAACCGCCGCCACUGGGCCUCCCGGGGCUCUCGACGGUGCCCACGAUCAUUUCGCCACUGUCGCCCUGGCCAGGCCGCAUCAUCAGCCGCAGUAUCUCGGUGCCGACUUUGGCAUUGAGCGGCAUGGCCUUCUUCUGCGCGUCCACGGCCUGCUGGUAGGCCACUGCCAGCGAUGUCGUCGACGCGUCCUUGCGAGCGAAGGCGCGGAAGUAUCUGGGAGGGUGGGUGUUGAGGACCUCCUGCUGGCUCUUGAGCACCACGCAGUAGCCUUGCACGCUGUGCGGGUGGCACCGCCGCAACCCAUCGCUGCCGUUGGCAUCCUCUGCCGCGCUGAUUGCCGACGCAGCCCGGAGGGCCUUGCCCUUGGGCGUGUCAGAGUGGCCGCCGCGUUUCGGUUUCGGUCCUGGUCUGGGGGGCUGGGGCGGGGGUGCAGCAAUGGGUGGCGGCACUGCCGUCGUCAGGUCAACGACCUCUAUCUCAUCGUCCAU